CUUUUAGUAUUUUGCUUCUGGCAAUUCACUAGAAAACCGGCACGUCUGUUUUUGUAAACAACAUUGUUUUUAUAAACAGUUGAGUUCAUUUGAUUAGCCAAAAAUGUCGGAUGAUGAAGAAAUUAGUUAUGUCAAGCGGCAAAAGAUCAUUCAUUUUGGUAGUUUGGAGGAGCAGGAAAGACAGAAAUUGGAACAAGAAAAGAUAAAAGAAGAUAGUGAUAGUAAAGAAAGCAGUGAGGGAGAAGAAAAUGAACCAGAAAAAGAAGCAACGGCUUCUGGGAGUAUUAAUGUUAGCGAAGAAUAUAUGGACUUGGAAGAAGAAGUAAAUAAAGAAAAACAGAUGCUUCUGGAAGAGUUUGAACGAAGAAAAAAGGCUCGUCAAAUAAAUGUCUCAACAGAUGAUUCUGAGGUCAAAAUACAUUUAAGACAGAUUGGAGAACCAAUUUGUUUGUUUGGAGAAGGUCCAGCAGAACGUCGAGAAAGAUUAAGACAAAUUUUAGCUCUUCUUGGAGAGGAUGCUAUAAAAAAGAAGCAGGAGGAGGAAGAGGAAAAGGAGGAGAUCAAAGAGGAAAUAGCUAAAACUACUUGGUAUCAUGAAGGUACAGAAAAUCUACUGAAAGCUAGAGUAUGGAUAGCUGCUUAUUCCAUACCUAAAGCAAAGGAAAGACUUAAACAAGCUAAAAGGGAAAAAGAGGAACCAGAUUCUAGAAGACAUGCAAAGAGACAAGAGUUGUAUAAGAAACUUAGGUCUUUAAACAUUAACUGCAGUCAAAUUGGAGACACCAGACCAUUAUCAUUUUGCCAAUUUAGUCCUGAUUCAAAGAUGCUUGCUACAGCCUCUUGGAGUGGUUUAUGCAAGCUAUGGUCUGUUCCUGAUUGCGAAUUAAUUAGGACAUUAAGGGGUCACAAUUGCAAUGUUGGGUCUAUUGUAUUUCAUCCCGAAGCAACUCUGACUCAGUCUGAAACUGCUGUUAAUAUGGCAUCUUGUUCUACAGAUGGCACUGUUAAACUGUGGGAUUUAAAAAGUGAUGAGCCAAUUGCGGAUUUAGAGGGCCAUGCACCUCAUCGAGUAUCUAGAUGUGUCUUCCAUCCUUCAGGUCGUUUUCUAGCUACAUGUGUUUUCGAUAAUUCAUGGAGACUCUGGGAUCUUGAAGUGAAGGAGGAAAUUUUACAUCAAGAAGGACACAGUAAGCCAGUGUAUGAUGCAAGCUUUCAGUGUGAUGGAUCACUUAUAGCUACCGGAGGUAUGGAUUCGUUUGGAAGAGUUUGGGACUUACGCACAGGGAGAUGCAUUUGGUUUCUAAAUGGUCAUCAAAAUUCAGUGCUUACAAUAUGUUUUUCUCCAAAUGGUUAUCAACUUGCAACAGGCAGUGCUGAUAACACAGUGAAAGUAUGGGAUUUGAGACGACAAAAGUGUGAAUACACUAUAUCUGUUCAUACAAAUCUUGUGUCAAGAGUACUUUUUGAAAAAACAAAUGGAGAAUAUUUAGUUACAACAUCCUACGAUAACUCAUUAAAGGUGUGGUCUCAUCCUGGAUGGACUCCUAUUCAAACCCUUUGUGGUCACAGUGGCAAAGUGAUGGGGGCUGACAUCUCAAAUGAUGAUAAAUAUAUAGCCACAGCGUCUUUUGAUAGAACUUUUAAACUCUGGUCACCAGAGAGCUAAUUGAGAUCUGUACAGUUAUUGUAUAUUUUCUUGUUUGUAAUAAAAUGAUAUUUUUAAUUAA